AGAAUUCGCGCCGGUGUCUUUGCACGAGGAGAGCCGACGGCUGGUGGGUAACCCUUUCCUCACAUUAAAUGGCGGCUGGAUACAGCAAGUGUCAGUGGAGCUGAAAACGCGAAUUUCAGCCGCAAGAUCGUUGCUGAGACCCCGGCCGUCCUUGGCAAUCGAUCUUCUUCUCAUGGAGUGCGGAGAUAACAACCUGCAAGAAAACACCUUUGGCUUUCCUGAAGACGACGAGCCACUGUUGAUCACGGACAAGGAACCGCAAGACCGCAGCUCCAACUCGUUCUUGAUCGACAACCUUUGUGAUACGGUCCUAUCAGCUGAUAGUUUGGCCGAAAGUCUGAACUUGGCCGACUUUGACCAAGGCCCGUCCAGCUCAGGGUCCACUGAGCCCAUUCAGGACACUUUCAAUAACAUGGGAAUAGACAAUUCAGGCUGGUACGAUGAAGAACGAGCCGAAUGCCCGACUGCCUCUCUUCCUCCAUCGAAUGACCCCUUCACUGCAGUGGCAGGAGGUCCGUUGCCUGCAAGGACUGAUGCCUGCAUUGAUGGCGAUGUGGACAGGGCUGACCCCAGCCUGGCCAACACACCAAACAACCAACUCGUCCUCUACAGGCCCGCUGAAGAAGAAGCACCCAAAGGGCCAAGAAAAAAUUUAUUUGUUCAGUUGCCUUCUCAAAAGAUUAACUUGAAACCUGAAAGAAAGAAAGUUGAAACAACAAGCAACGGUUCUUCAGAGGAAAGCUUCAUGCCUGGUUGUUGUGGCCUGAAAAACCUGGGAAACACUUGCUUUAUGUCGGCUGGAAUCCAGUGCUUGGUCGCCACUCCCUCGUUGGUGAGAUUUUUCCUGACUGAAAGGAACAGACAAGUGAAUGGAUCGGAGCCUGAAGAAGCCUCGUGUUCAAAUGGCAUCAACUUUAAAUCAGAGUGCUCCGAUAACUUAACUCAAGACUUUUCACGCCUGAUGUCUGAAAUGUGGGGUGGAAAAAGUAGUUGUAUCUCUCCAUACUACUUCAAGAGAAGUCUCGCUGUUCUGCACCCUCAAUUCAAGGACUACCGUCAACAUGAUUGCCAAGAGUUUCUUACUCUCUUGCUUGAUUCACUUCAUGAGCAGCUCAAUGCUGCUAAAAAGAUGGAAAACAAAGACGACUUCAGUGCUCCAGAUUUCAAACCAUUGGGUUGUGCAAGAGGGGUCAAGUCGGAAAUCAGGAGUAACAAUGUUGAUGUUGCCCUUUUGUUGACGAGCCGCAAAAACGUGUUUGUUGAGAAGAACUGCCUGGAGCAGCAUCUCACACCAUUACUCCCAAUAUCACCAGUGUCUCCCAACGAUGCCUCUCAGCCAGACCAAUACAAUAAUGACUACUUCUACUGGCCCCGUAAUCAAGACCAAGCUGAUCUUCAUCCACAACGAUCCCUGCAUUGUGUAAAUGACUACAUGAAAUUUGCCAAAACCUCCAACGUCAACGUCCUAGACCCACAACAGUGUGAGCCAAAGCCAAACAACCUCAUUAAGUUUGACUCAGAAAAGUUCAGUCCCACGUGCAGAAAGCUUCCUGCUUCUUCGAAUACCUCACCUAGAAGUGUACACAACCUUACCAGCAUCAGAAAUGGCACCGAUCUUGCACUUGGAGGGGAAGAUCAAAACUCCGUCGCCAAUCUGCCUCGAAAAGAGACAGAAAGUUUGCCAUUGCUGAAUGGGAAGCGCCUCAAGCAGACUAACAUUAUCAAUGACCUGUCAAAUCACCUGGAUGGAGACUCGGUUCACGAAGCUUGCUCAAACACCAACAAACGGCUCAAACUGGUUUCCCAUGCCAAAAUGAAUAGUGAACUCGAAGAAGUUGAGAUGAUGGACAGCGAAGAGGACUCUGUUGACAAAUCUGAAGAGCUGGAGGCCGAUGCCUUUUGGCAGAAGCAUUUGGCCAUCAACAAAUCCAUCAUUGUUGAUUCAUUCCAAGGACAGUUCAAAAGCACAGUGAUCUGCCACGUUUGCAAGCACGUGUCUGUCACAUACGAGCCAUUCAUGUACCUCUCUGUUCCCCUGCCUCAUGCGAUGGAGCGACAGAUUUGCAUUACCUACCUGCCUGCAGACGUGUCCGUUUCACCCUUGCGUGUUUUGCUUACCCUUAAGAAGUCUGAAAGUGUCAGAGAUCUGCAAAAUGAACUCAUCAGAGUCCUUGGACUUGCAACAGACACUGUUAUUACAAUCUGUGAGGUACUCGACAACCACAUCAGCAAAGUUCUUGAACCCGGACACCAUUUGAGGUUUGUCAAUGGAGAACUUCGGACCAUUUAUGCGGUUGAAAUGCUGCCACCCCCAGUCGCAACUGAAUCGCCCAGUCCAUCUCCUGUUCAAGCUCUUGAAUCUCCGUUCAAUGAUGAAGAUGAGGACGACUGUUUGCAACCUAUUGAUCUCAGACCCAAUGCUGGGUUGGACGCUGAUGUCGUUACAGUUCCUACUGAGGCUGAGGUGAACAGGAAGCUGGCUGCAUCGCCAGUGGGCAAGUCAAGCUGGCCUACGUGCAAUAUUUGUUUAGAAGAAAGCAUAACCAUGAACAAUCUAAAAAUUCAUGAGUCCUGUAAAUGCGUCGUCUGUGUUUCGUGUCUUGAAAUGUGGAAAUCAAAGGAACCGGGUGAUGUGAAAUGUCCCUUUUGCCGUUUGGACGUGAACCCAGACGUUGAUUUCACCACCAUGACGGCAACGGACAAGCGGAUUGUUCGCACACUACAAAUUACUGUGGUUUUCCGCCUUGAUGUUGUGGGAGAAGAGUGCAGCAAUAACAAAAAGUCGAUGAGACUGAUCGGCCAUCCACGGUUGGUGAAACUUCCAAGCCACAUUUCAGGCCAAGUUCUCUACGAAACUCUGCAGCACUUGGCUCCUAAUGUUGAUUUCCAAAUUCUGCUUGUUGGAGGGAAGGGAACAACAUGCUCAAGGUGCAUGUUCAACAAACAUUGCAUUGGCUGUGUUUUGAGCCCAGAGGAUCCUGAAAUAGUAUUUCGAACUGAUGACUCUCUGGCCAUUCGAUUGAUGGGACCUUUGGAUCCAAUUACUGGACUGAACCUGCCUUUUGCAAAUCAACCCCAAGAACACGAAAGCAUGAAAGGUCCAAAGUGGAAUGACCCCCUCUCCAUCCACGACUGCCUUCAAGCCUUUUCAGAAAGUGAGGAGCUGGAUAAGGAUAAUCCGUGGUACUGUCCCAAGUGUCGAACAAACCAGUGUGCCACGAAGACUCUCACUGUGUGGCGAUACCCUGAUAUACUCAUCAUUCAUUUAAAAAGGUUUGUUUUUAACGAACGAUCCAUCUCUAAAUUAGACAACAAGGUUACAUUCCCCAUUCACGGACUACGUCUUGAGCAACCUGGAAGCAAGUCCAGAGUCAACAUUUUCAACCUCUACUCAGUUGUUUGCCACUUUGGUGGUGCUUCAGCAGGCCACUAUACAGCUUAUGCCAAACACCCUCGCACAAACGAGUGGUACAACUACAAUGACGAGUCCACCAUGAAGAGAAGUCCGCAAGACGAAGAGUUCACCACUGGCUACGUGCUCUUCUAUCAGCGAGAAGUUUUACCUGACCUCAUCAUAUAAUUCCUCAAUUAGUAUACUAGCGCCGUCACCAAUAGAGAGAGGUUCAUAAAUUUGUAUUCCCUCAAAAUGUGUAAUCGACUGAAGUCAGUGCAUCUGAGAAUAUCAAUGUACUUAACUCGGAGAAGAAAAUGAUUGUAACUUAUUGUUUUACGUGUGAUAUUCAAGGUAAAGAAUAUUAAGUGUUGCCCUCGUGCAGGCACAGUUGCAUGUCCCCAGCUGCACUCUCCAUGGAAAUUCUUGUUGUGGAAAUUUGUCGAAUUGAACUGGAAUUGGUGUAUUUGGGCAGCUGGGAAUGCUUACAAACGAAAAUGGUGAUUUAAGUUCCAUAGUAAUUCUCUUCUACCAAUUAAAUGUACCAAUAUUUAGUUUAAUUUCUACGCUCAUUGCUCUGAGCUGUUCAUACUUUUCACAUUUGGCCUGUGUGAUGUGCAUGGUAUGAUGCGAACGAUUUUUAAGUUAAUCAUAAAGUCUGUUGUUGAAUUGUGCACGCAGACGUUUUUUUAAAUUACAACCACUCAGUGAGCAAAUAAACUAUAUACAUUGAACGAA